UACGCCAAAAAAAAAUACACAAACAACAUAAAAUCGUCAAUUGUUGAUUGUUUUUUUAAUUUGUUAUUUUCAUUAAUAAUUAAUGAAUAAAUAAUAGUGGAUUAAAAUUUGAAAUAUAAAAAUUGUGUUAAAUUUUGGUUUAUCUUUUAUACAUACAAUUUUGUGUUUGUUUAUUUAUAUUUCAAUAACAAUAUAAUAAUUUGUUUAUAAUAAUUUUAAUCAAGUAAAUAAACAUGUGUGAUCAAAUUCAGUAUUCUGAAAAAUAUAAUGAUGAUAAAUACGAGUACAGACAUGUCAUACUGUCAAGUGAUAUGGCAAGAAAUGUACCAAAAUCUCAUUUAAUGACAGAAACUGAAUGGAGAAAUCUUGGAGUACAACAAAGUCCUGGUUGGGUUCACUACAUGAUGCAUACACCAGAACCUCAUGUAUUAUUAUUUCGACGAGCAAGAACAGAUUUGCCAGUAACAACCAGAAAUCCACAACCAGCUUCAGCCCCAACAACAUUAUGUAAUUAAAUAAUAUUAAAAAUAUAAAAACUCAAUUAACAUACAAAUAAACAAAUGUAUAUUUUUAUAAAAUAAUAAUAUAAUUUUUAUUAAUAAAUGAAAAAUAAUAAUGAACA